AGGAAUGAAUCUCGCGAGAUCUCGACGCCCACCCUUCUGUUCACGUGAUCACAGCGCGUUUUGAUUGGUCAGCCCGGGGUCAUCUGGGUCAGCUCAGGUGAGUCGGGCGAGUCCAUCACACAGACAGGUGAGGCAGGCAGGGAGGAGGCAGAUUGUUGGUGUGCCACAGGGCCAUGGAGGAUGGGUGUGUCUACAGGGUGACAGUGUUGAAGGAAGGGUACUCCUAUCAGGAUGACAGUGGACAGUUCCACGCGGAUGGAACCAUCACACUGGUACAGGGGAGGCACGUCAUCCUGGUCGACACUGGCGGUCCUCAGGACAAAGGCACCCUCCUGCAGCAGUUAUCGAGCCAUGGUUUGACCCCCCGGGAUGUGCAGUACGUGGUGUGUACCCACGGCCACGUGGACCAUGUGGGGAACCUCAACCUUUUCCCUGAUGCCACACACAUUGUUUCCUUUGACAUCUGCAAGGGAGACGUCUACACAGACCAUCCCUUCAGACAGGGGGCAGCAUACACCAUUGAUGAGCAGGUGUCAGUGAUCCCCACACCUGGACACACAGGUGCAGAUGUCAGCGUGGUGGUGAAAACAGCAACACAAGGGACAGUGGUUAUAGCAGGUGACCUGUUUGAGAAGGAGGCUGACCUGACUGACCCCUCCCUUUGGCAGGAUGUGAGUGAGAACCCUUCCCAGCAGGCCGAGGGGCGGAGACAGGUGCUGGCCAUGGCUGACUUCAUCGUCCCUGGGCACGGUGCAAUGUUCAAGGUCCAGAAGGAGACAGAGCCAAGCUGACAGCCCUUGUCUCAGACACACUGUCUGUUGGUACAGUGCCAAGACAGAAUGCUUUUACCCUUUUAUGUUAAGGUAGCCAUAUGGCACCAAAUCUGUAUUUUUUUGACAUAAGGUACCAGUA